AUGGUCGAUAAAUUCAAAGACGACGAAAUAAUUAUACGUAAAGGCACUACUAAUGACAUGGUUGCGUUAGCUGAUAUGAUCCAGGAGUUGGCUGACUUUGAGAAGAUGCCCAAAGGUCCAAAGCUGUCUGUUAAAGAUCUCCAACGUGAUGGAUUUGAAACCCAGCCACCUGCAUUUUUGUGUAAAGUAGCAGAGCUAAAGCCAUCGGGCCCGGUUGUAGGCUAUGCUUUAUAUUUCCCAACAUAUUCGACAUGGGAAGGCAAGGCCUUGAUGCUAGAAGAUUUAUAUGUGCGGGAAAAAUAUCGUCGACGAGGGAUUGGGCAGAGGCUAUUUUACAGUGUGGCUUCGGAAGCAGCUGAAUUGGGCUGUAGUAGACUAGAUUUUCAUGUCCUAGCAUGGAAUGAAGCGCGCACUUUCUAUGAGGAAAUUGGUGCACGGAACUUAACAGAGAGCGAACAGUGGUGUUAUUACCGAUUAUCAGGGGAUGCUCUUGCAUCAAACUCCAUCAUUCAAAAAAAAACUCAAAGUGCU